UUUCCCACGACCACGACGUCGCCGAAAGCGUCGCCAAAUCCGCUGACACUACCGUGACGAUCGGACAUGCCUGCCCAAGGGUAUUCCGAUCGAUUGGAUGAAGCUGCAGGGGCUUCAAUAGACAGCGGUAGCGAGUACGUGCGACUGCACAUAACUCCAUUCGAUUCUGAGCUCUUCAACAUCAUCAUUCCGGCUUCGACGCUUCCUGCCGCCCGCAACGUCUCCUACCACACAAUCGACACAUUUCCCGAGAAGCGAUUCGGCUUCGUGGAGCUGCCAGAGACGCACGCCGAGAAGCUCAAGAAGAAGCUGAACGGGUCGGUGCUCAGAGGCUCCAAGAUUCGAAUCGAGAAGGCCCGGCCAGCGAAGCAAAUGGAGCCCGCGAUCCAGACAGAGACGCCGGUGAAGAAGCGAAAGAAGGCUAGCGAUGGUUUGGAAAAGCCCAGCAAGCGCAAACGCGACCUAGACGUCAUGGAAGGCAUCACGCUCCGAGACCGAAAAGUCAAGCGUGGAUGGACCGAGUCAGUGGAAGAGAAGAAGAAGAGCAAGAGCAAGAAGACCAAGGACAGGGAGAGCAAGGAUAAAGUUGAGAAGCGGAAGCGACCGAAAUCUAAAUACACGGACCAGGAGGAGUGCCUUCUCAAAGUCAAGGUGCCACCCAACGCCAUGGCGAAUCUGCUGCAAGACGCACAGAAGAAAAAGAGGAAGAGAGGAAAUGCGCGCGAAAUCACGGUCCACGAAUUCGAGAAGACGACAAAGUUUCCGAGCUUCCUGAAGAGUUCCGUGCCGGCGUCCGGCGGGAAAAAAGCCACUGACUACAUUGAUGGCAAAGGAUGGGUCGAUGAGGACGGCAAUAUCGUCGAAGCGGUCAAGACAAGCGCCCAAAGUACUCGGCCCAAAGGACAGGCGGCACAAGAGAAGACCGUCGACAUGGAACAGGGGAGAGAAAGCGAGAGUGAUGAUGAUGAUGACGACGACGACGACGACGACAGCACCAGCAGCAGUGGAUCCUCGUCUGAAGAAGACGACGAUUCUGAUCUGGAGGUGCCGGCCAAGAAGCAAGAUGCGAUGUUAGACCUUAAUCCGAAACCCCGACCUGCAUCAAGGACAAGUUCCGAUACAUCGUCGUCUUCAGGUCAGGAAAGUGAGGAUGACAAGCCCACGACCGGAACGGCAACGCUCGAGUCACCUGUACAGGCAAGGCUGGCGCCUGCAGUCAAGACUGAAAAUGGGAGACCUCAGUCUUCCAGCUCGUCGAAGAGCCUCACCAUCAAGAUACCGGCACCGGGAACGCCUGCUGCAAAGGUUCAUCCGCUGGAAGCCUUGUACAAGCGACAAAAGCCCGGUGAAGGCCCCCUCGAGGUACCUACUGAUGCCGAGCCCUUCAGCUUCUUUAGCGGAGGGAACGAUGAGGAUAUCGAGGAGGAAGAAAGUCACCACGGCGACCGACCAGCCGCCAUACCGAUGACGCCGUUCACGAAACAGGACUUUGAGCGACGAAACAUUCGCAGCGCGGCUCCGACGCCAGACACCGCUCACCCGUCACGCGCGAAGAACUUUUGGGCGCCAGCAGAGGAGGAAGAGGAAGACAUCGCAGAUGGGGACGAGGACGAAGACGCAGCGCAGCGGCAAGGAACUGAGAAGAGCGACUUUCAAACAUGGUUCUGGGAGAACCGUGGAGAUCUCAACAGGUCCUGGAUGUCGCGCAGGAAGAUGGCGUCCAAGGAGAAAAGACACCGGGAGAAUAAAGCUAGGGCAUCUAAAGCUAUAUAGAUGCUGCUCACCGGAACAACAGCAUUGAAUCUAGCGUGGAGAACAUAUCAUUUCUUUCAUUCGCUCUUUUGCACUUCCACGGUUCAAUUGACACACCUUUUG